GUGAUCUACGUGCUGUAAACAACAACAUUCUAGAUAUGUACCAGUUGAAAUCACUCCAUAUCUAUUUGGCUAUGAAUUUGGAGUCAAUGGAGAAGCUUCCGGAUAACACAUACCUUUGUGUUUUUGACGAUAUCGUUCCACACUGGCAAGAUAAACAGGGUCACUUCAAGCUCAGAGUGCCUCCGUACGAUCACGUGAUUUGUUGUACUGGUUUCAACUAUAUUGAUUUGACACUAUUUGAUGAGAAUUGUAAACCAAAUACCAAUGCCGAUGGAAAGUUUCCAGUUCUGUCAAGUACAUGGGAAUCUAGCAUACUAGGUAUAUAUUUCAUCGGCGCCGCCAUGCUGGCAAAUGAUCGUAAAGCAGCAUCUGGUUUUAUCCAUGGUUUCCGCUACAAUAUUCGUACUUUGCAUCACAUAUGCGAAGAACGUUACCAUGGCAAUCCUUACCCGCGUGAUUAUUUACCAAUUACAUUGGACAGCCUGGCGAACAAAACUGUCGAACGUUUCAGCAUCGGUGAUGCUAUCUAUCAGCUUAACGACUUCUUGUGUAAUGUUUUGGUUAUUCCUGAAUUGAAUGAUAUCACAGAAACAAGAAUUAAAGCAGAAUAUUACGAGAAUCUUCCUAAAUCGUAUGUUUUGGAGAGUGGAAUAUUUAAAGGAUACAAACAUAUGUUUGUUGUUGUGCUGGCUUAUGGGUUUCAUCGUUUUGGAGAAGCAGCAAAGCAUCCAAAUGAUUUUGUCCACACUCCUGAUUUUGAGUCUGCAAAUUGUCAUGGAUUUUUGAACCCAGUAAUUUCUUACUACAAAGACGGACAAUAUAAAGACGAACAGGGAUUGCCUGGUUCAUUGGAGUUGAGGUUCGAUUUACCAUCAACACUGGACCAAAAUCCAGCAAUGGUACAAAACAGAGUGAAAAACUUUUUAAAUAAAUAUCUGGACUUAGAACCUGGUACGAAAUUCAAUGAUUCGUUUUUAGGAUCCAAAGAAAUAUUUAAAAGCAAGGUUAUUCCAUUCACCGCUGAAGAGUUACAGAAACUACCCGAUCUAACCAAAUAUGAUGGGUGUAUACCAUACACAAUUGACUUCGCAGAUUAA